AUGUCGGGUAAUCUUCCGCGCAACCACGAUGAGCUGAUGGUCGAGUUCGACCCGAACGACACAAUGGAGACAGCCAACGGAAACGACAACAACGACGACGAGUGGCCAGACGAGGUGGAUAGCUUCGAGGCGCCGCCCUUGUUGCCUGCCAACCAGCUGCUCGGCCGGACUAAUGAGGCCAUCCCAAUGGAUAUCGCUGACGGUGCCGAGGCCAGGCCGUCGGAGACACUGGUCGUCGACACGGCCGCCCUGGACCUGGAGGCGAUGAGCCGUUUUUACACGCCAUUCACCCUGAUCAGUCGACUCCAGUUCAUCGCCGACCAUUGCCCGCCUCUCCAGAAGUCGGCCUAUCAGCUGAUGCUCGAGACCCUGCGCAAGAAAACAAAAUGUACUUCCCGUUACCUGCACGUGGCCAACAAGCUAGAGGGUCUUGGCGCGCAAGGAGCAGUCGAUCAAGCAUGGGUGACGCAAACGCAGCAAGCCAUGCAGGCCACCACCGACGCGUUGCUGAUGGAGUUCAAGCGCCAGAAAGAUGAGGGGGUUAAGGAAUCGACGCGCCGCGCGAUGGACGACCUCUUCCACCACUACGUCUCCGCCGGACUGCACACCGAUGCCAGCCGACUCUUCAACAAGGGCAUGCGCGACUACUGCACUCAAUUCAAGCACACAAUUGCUAUGUACAUGGACUGGCUCGAAGUGGCGUUGGAGGAAGCCGACUGGAUUCGCGUCGAGCCUCUCAUCGCGCAAGCUGAGCGAUGCCUCGCCGAUGCCAUGGAAGCGGAUAACUCUGUGACCGCCCACCCGAAUCGCCGUCCGCAAAACAGCCAGCAGUCGCAGACCGCCAAGACCAACAAGGGGCUCAUCAAGACCACGCGGGCGCGCCUUGACAUUUUCCACGGUCUCUCCCUGAUGAACCACAACAAGUACAAGGAGGCUGCGGAAAAGCUUGUGCAGUCGAAUCCCGAUGAGAUCCCGGUCCCGUGGUUGGUCUCCCACUCCGACAUAGCUGCUUACGGAAUCCUCUGCGCUCUGGCCACCUUCGAACGCCGGGCCCUGAAAGCUUUACUCGCCGGCAACGACGAGCAUCAGUUCAAACGAUUCCUCGAGAUGGAGCCGUGGUUGAUGAGUCUGCUGACGGCGUGGGUGCGCAGUGACUGGGGACAAGUGCUCGAUGGGCUCGCCGCCUCUCGGAAUCGCCUUCUCCUCGACCCGCGGCUCUCGGAAUGCUUGAAGAAGCUCGAAUCGAUGAUCUUUGACCGUGCCCUUCUGCUUCACCUUAGCCCGUACCUUGUCGUCGACCUGAAGCGAUCGGCGACCAUUUUCCGGUGCACUGUUGGCCAGUUGGAAAACGAGCUGGUUCGCCUGUCCGAAUCGGGUAUGGUGUCCGUCCGCAUCGAUGCCAUCGCCGGAGUCGCCGAAAUCCCGCCCAUCGAUGAGCAACAGGUCACCUACGAACGUGCCCUGAAAUUGGCUGAACGGGUUCUCGAGAAGACGGACGACACGAUACUGAAGGCACUUCUUGGACAGGGUCGCAUCUUCGUGCAUGGCGAGCCGCGCGGCAAGCGAAAGACGGCGGGACCGCUGCGGCACGAUGAGGAGCACGAGUCGGGCCCGGCCGGCCUCUUCGGUCGUAUGACGCGUCGGAUGCGAGGUGCCCUCAGUCAGCCACCGGACACCAGCGGAGUCGAGGCUUACGGGUACGAACGCGUGGACAACUUCCCGGAAUGCCCGACUGGCCAGGAC